GAAGCAGUGCUCCGUGCGGCGCAUCGCGCAUCGCAGACGCAGCGUCCGAAUGCGUGGCGUUUGAUGGCGAGACCCUCGGCGCCGUGGGGCGCCGGAGUCGUUGGAUGGAUCCCGAGGACUGGCGGGUUGGCCAGACUGUGCGGCUGGUGAACUUGCAGAAUGCAGUGUCAUUGAAUGGGCUGACGGGCAAGCUGCUGAAGUCUUUGGACACAGGUCACUGGCAUGUGGACCUCGGAGAGGUUGGUAUCAAGGCUUUGCUUCCCAAGAACUUGGUAUUGGCAGAGGUCGACGAGCUCAAGGAGGAGCGACAAGAAGAGCAGGUCACGGAGGAGCAAUUUAUGCCUGGUCAAAUGAUCCAUCGCAUCCUCGGGAAAGGUGAAGAAGGGCAGACGGGCGCUGGAUUGGAUGAAGCUGAUGAUAUUGAUGUCAUCGCUGAGGCUAUUCAGGAGAAAUCGGAUGAAGAGAUGGCAGAGGAGGCAGCAGAGGAACGGAUCUCUGGGAAUGAAGAAGAGCUGAACGAGAGGAUCCAGAUUCAGAAGGACUUGGAGGAACCGCCUUCGCCCGAAGAGGCCCAACCUCAAACGGCCGAUGAAGAGGCCGCUGAAGCGGCCGCUGAAGCGGCCCCUGAAGCGGCCCCUGUGGAGGAGGAGGAGCUGAUGAGGAUGAGCGUCAAGGAGCUCAAGCAGUUCCUCCGCCUCCGUGCCGUGCGCAUCCCUGCCUCCCUGGCCGAGAAGUCUGAGCUUGUGGAGCUGGCCGUGCGCUCCGCGCACCUGCGCGUGCGCAGCGAGGAGGAGCUGAAGAGAAUGGAGGAGGCUGAGAUCGAGCGAAAGCGGAAGGAAGCGGAAGAGAAGGCAGAAGCCCAGGAAAAGGAGGAGGCAGAAAAGCAGAAUCAAAAAGAAAAGGAACGCCUUCAAGAAGACGACCUUUUGAACUCGAAGGCGUUUUCGAAGCAUGGCGAAUCUAAGCCAUGGCAACCUCCAGCUGGAAGCUUCUCCAGCUGGCCGAACAGUUUCCCCAACAGUUUCCCCACACCAACUCCAGGCCCAUUUGGAUUCUGGCCACCGCCCUUUGGCAUGCCCGGCUUUCCAGUGCCCCCAGGUCCAGUACCCAUGCCAAAGCGCCCUGGGCCAGUGCCAGGCGUGCCUCCAGCACAGGCAGCCCCACCCCCAAGACCAAUGCCAGUGCCCGCAAAGGCUGUGAACAGGCCAUGGCCCCCGCGAACAAAGGAAGAUGCUUUGUUCUACCAGGGAAAUCGGCUCUUUAUGGUCAGGAUCGAUGCCCAUGUCUUGCAGCAUUUGACGCGCUUUUGCAAGACCUACCAGCUGGGUGGUGAGGCUGAGAAUGGAUUGAAGAUGCUGGGAGAUCGGCUUCAAGCCUUCCUAAUGGAUCGAUCAAUCCAGGACGAGCUGAAGAACUCCGGUGAUUUGCACCAGACCUUGUUGAAGCACGUGACCGCGAGAGAUCAUGCGGCAGCAUGUAUCAUGAGGCUCACUCUUCCACCUCGCAAAGCUGCUUCUCCGUCUCCCCCGGCUGGGAGAACGGAAAGUCGCUCGCGCUCGCGGCGCUCCCGGCGCUCCCGGCGCUCCCGGCGGUCCCGGCGCUCACGACGCUCGUGGCGCUCGCGGCGCUCCGGGCACUCGCGGCGCUCGCGGCCACGUUCUGGACGGCGGCGGGAUUCGAGGCGACGGAGCAGCAGUCGACAUCAACACAGCAGGCGGCAGUCGACUCCACCUCGCCAGAGCAUGCCACGGACGCCAAGUCCGCAAGGACCUGCACGUCAGGAGUCCUCCUCUUCAAGCGAAGCCGGUGGCAUUUGGAGCGCUCCUCAGCAGCCACCGCGCCCCAAGGCGAUGCCGCGCAAAGCGCCAUCCACGGCGGCGCCCGCGGCUGCGCGCGCUGCGGUGCCCGCUCCGGCGCCGAAAACGCGCAGCGCGGCCCGUGCCGCGCCGUCGAUGGCGCCCAACGUGAAGCCUUUGUCGAAGAAGUUCAAGGACACAAAGGAAGAGGUUGAAGACUGGCUCACAGGGCUUGACGGAGGCCGAGGGGCUCUAGUUGCCUACGGUACCGUGAUCCUCGAGCAGUUUGGAAGCCUGGAAGCUCUGAGUGCUUGUGUGAUGAGCCAGGACGGGAGCGUCAUGAGCCGUGUCGACGCCUCACUGUGGGAUGUGCUCAACGUGAAGUCCUUGGGACACAGGAACCGCUGCGGUCGACGGGGCGGUCGACGGUGCGCGACGUGACGGUGCGUGGGGUUGGGCACCGAAGGAAAUUGGCAGAAAUGCAUGUUUGCGGGAUUGAAGCCGCUAGGGCUGACAAUCUCUAUUACAGUAUGCAGUUGGUGGUUUUUGGUGACAGCUUCAUCAGCAUUUCGUGGGAUGAACAAUGCGGUUGGAAGCAGGCCACAAUUCAUAUUGCGUGAGAGCUUUCCCAAGCUUGUUUUGGCACCUGGCGGAGGAAUCCAUGGCUCACACCCGAGUGGUUUUGGGAGAAUUUUCAUCUGACCAACCACCGCGAUUUGCCCGGUAAGUGGUAAGUGACCACCUCGCUGUUGUUCCUAUCGACGUGCAGG